AUGUCUCGCAUCAACAGCAUCAUCAGCGAAAGGGAAGUUCCACGUGUGGAAUUGGAGCGUGACGGCGCGAACGAUAUUCCGAUUCAUAAGAGAAGUGGAGGGGAUCGAGUCUGCGAGAUUACGAGCAACUCCUAUUCGGCCUUGGAUUCGGCCUUGAAUGGGCUGACGAGGCUCUCAGGGCUCAGUCCCGACUAUCACUGGUGGUGGAGAAGUUUCCUGACAAGUGGGAGUACUGCAUUUUACCUCUUCAUAUACCGUGUCCACUACUUCACCAAGCUGGACGUCAAAGAUUGGAUCUCCACUUUCCUGUACUUUGGAUACUCCUUCAUGUUUGUCUUUCUCUUCUUCCUUCUCACUGCGCUCGUUCUCCAGGCGAUAGAGAACACUUCAGUGUGCCGAUGA